UCAAUCAGAGGCGACUCGCCCAGCAGAGAGACGACGAUGGCGGCCUGGGGAAGCUCCACACAGCGCUCCUUCGUCUUCUAAAGUUGUGGAUUACUUUUCGGGGGUCUAUUCUUUAUUUAACGUGUCGCCGCGGUGUGGACCGACCGGGUGCUUGUAUCCCUUCCCGACAUGAGUGAGAGGAGGCGUUCGGCCGCCGCUCUAAGCUCGCGAGCCCACGCUUUCUCUGUGGAAGCACUCAUAGGCUCCAGCAAGAAGAGGAAGCUCCGGGCCGCCGCCGCAGCAGCAGCCGCCGCGGCAGCAGCAGCGGCCGCCCCAGGCUGGGACCACCACAGGGACACCGACGACCUCCAUUUGGCCGCCGUAGUGGACCCCGACGACCCGACGCACUGCCUCGACAUGGACCCGGACUCUGAGGCGAGCCCCGGCUCGGACGGCUCCGACCUGGCCGAGAGGACAUCGUGCUCAUUCGGCUCAGCCGCUUGCGAGCUGCCGGCUGCGGCGGUUGCAGCGGCCGCAGCCGCUGCAGGAGGCCCGUGCGAGGCCUCUUCGCUGGCGGCGUCGGCGUCUGCCUGCUCAUCUAUGGAGGAGAUCCACGUCGAACUUCAGUGCGCCGACCUGUGGAAGAGAUUCCACGACAUCGGAACCGAAAUGAUCAUCACCAAGGCCGGCAGGAGGAUGUUUCCCGCCAUGCGAGUCAAGAUCGCCGGCCUGGACCCUCACCAGCAGUACUACAUCGCUAUGGACAUUGUACCCGUGGACAAUAAACGAUACCGGUACGUGUACCACAGCUCUAAGUGGAUGGUGGCGGGCAACGCUGACUCCCCAGUUCCCCCACGGGUCUACAUCCACCCGGAUUCGCUGGCGUCAGGCGACACGUGGAUGCGGCAGGUGGUCAGCUUUGACAAGCUGAAGCUCACCAAUAACGAAUUGGAUGACCAGGGACAUAUCAUUCUUCACUCAAUGCACAAGUACCAGCCCCGCGUUCAUGUCAUCCGCAAAGACUUCAGCAGCGAGCUGUCGCCCAACAAGCCUGUUCCAGGUGGCGAAGGUGUCAAGACUUUCAGCUUUCCCGAGACAGUCUUCACCACCGUCACCGCUUACCAGAACCAGCAGAUCACCAGAUUAAAGAUCGACCGAAACCCGUUUGCUAAAGGUUUUCGGGACUCCGGUAGAAACAGGACGGGCCUGGAGGCCAUCAUGGAGACAUACGCUUUCUGGAGGCCGCCGGUGAGGACGCUCACCUUUGAAGACUUCACCCACAUGCAGAAGCAGCAGGGCGGCAGCACAGGCACGUCUCCGACCACCUCCAGCACGGGGACGCCCUCCCCCUCUGGAGCUGCCCACCUUUUGUCCCCUUCCUGUUCGCCACCCGCCUUCCACCUGGCGCCCAACACCUUCAACGUGGGCUGCCGUGAGAGCCAACUUUGCAACCUUGGCUUGUCCGAGUACCCGGCGUGCGCCCGUGGUAACAUGGCGGCUCUGCAAGGAUACAGCGGCCUGGCCGACAGUUCCUACGGACGCCUCCAGGCGGCGGGCAGCGGCGUGGCCUCCGCGCAGAAUGCCGAACCCUUCCUGCCCCAGAGAACUUCCUCCCUGAUCGGCAUGCAAGGUGGCACCUCCGCGGGUGCCCCAGGAGCCACCGCUGGCAAAAUGGAGGCCUACGGAGGCCAGCUGGGUUCCUUCCCCGCUUCACAGCUGCAGUACGUGAUGCAGGCGGGUCCCGGCGGGUCCGGGGGCGCCUCAGCCGCCGCCCCCUCCGGGUCGUCCCCGUCCUCGGCUCACGUGUUUGGCGGGGGCCACCACCACGUGCAGCAGGGCUCCUACAACGCCUUCUCGCUGCACAACCCCUACAAUCUGUAUGGAUACAACUUCCCCGCCUCGCCUCGCUUGGCCACCACCCCUGAGAAGCCCCAGGGGGGACUGCUGUGCUCCUCCGCUCCAGCCGGCGCUUUCGCCGAGCGUCAAUACUUGUCCAACAGCAACAUGGACACCAUGCACAUGAUCGGCAACGGCGGCGGCGGCCAACAACAGGGCACCGCCGCCUGCGACGGACGCCAGUACGGGACCCCCUCCCAGAUGUCCAUGCACAUGGUGUAGAGACAAAAGGGAGGCGGCGCAGCGUUUCCCUGAAGCAAAUUCAAAACAUGUGAAUUUUUUUCCCCUGGCUGUUAACCUUUUAAAAAAGGAUCGUAGCUCGUGAAUACGCCCCCUCUUCUUAAAAAGGUUUUUGAGGGGGCGUCCUUACUACUAUUUAAUUUUAUUAUGGGGCGGCAGGGACAACAGUAGGUGGUGGUGACGGUGGUGGCAUCGUGGAUGGCUUAAGGUUUAAUGACUCAGGUGGUGUGGGCAGGGGGCGGCGUAAGUGUUGGCAAGGGUGGAGGUGUCUCAGAACAGGGCACCAUGCAAUGGGAUUUGCGACUAUCCAAUAUAUGUGCUGCUCUUUGUCACACUUUUCUUGCUGCAAACAGGGGGAGAAUCGAGACAUUUUGGACGGGAGGGGACAUGUUGUCGUCUCUUGACAGACGGAAAUCCGUCAUCACCAUUUUGGAGUGGUUUAUAUCUUUUGGUAUAUGAAUACAUGAAUAUAUAUAUAUAUAUAUAUAAUAUUAUAUAUAUAUGAUGGAGAAUGCAAUCAUUAAGCUUAACCGUGUGAGAAGUUAUCAGCAAUAGCAAAGCAGAGUUCCUCAAGUGUGUGUUUUGUGGUAUUUAAGUGAUGAGCAAUACCAUCAUUGCUAUACAAAUGUGUGGCAUAGCAGAAAAGACAUUUGGUUUUUGUGUAAAUGUAAAUA